CUUUGACAAGAUGCCGGUACGCGUGCAUUCCACACCACCUUUGACAAUGCAUCUCUCUUACCCCUGAGAUCUUCCCACCACCCAAUGCCUACAACUCUAUGUUCAACAACGACCCCAACAUCCCCCGUCUCGUCGGCAACGUCCCCCUCCUCCCUCUCCGCACUAAGACCCGUGGCCCAGCCUACGUGCUCCCGCAGCCCAACCCGCCGCUGCCCGCGAACGAAAGCCCGGACCCGGAUGCAGAAUCAUACGACGUGCUAGACGAAGUCCUCUCUCUCUUCCGCGCCAACACCUUCUUCCGCAACUUCGAGAUCCAGGGCCCCGCCGACCGUCUCCUCAUUUACGGCAUCCUCUUCGUCAGCGAGUGUCUCGGCAAGAUUCGCCCCCAGCACUCCCUGAGGGAUGCUACCAAGGAGGUUUUGAAUACCGCCUUAGAUCUUAACUUCGCUAUCCCCGGUGACCCUGCAUUCCCGCUCAACCAGAUCUACGAACCCCCUCGAGACCGACAGGACGCCGAGCAACUACGGCAGUAUCUAUCGCAAGUGCGGCAAGAGCUCGCGGCACGGUUAUUAGCCAGGGUCUACGACGAGGAUGGAGACGGGAAGCCGAGCAAAUGGUGGUUGAGUUUCACGAAGAGAAAGUUUAUGGGCAAGGCCUUGUAAAACGGAAGCGAAUCCUCUACGGUAAAAUAAGAAUUAUGGAAUUGUCGCCCAAGAUGAAACAAGAGCACUAAAUUUAUGCGGAAUUUGAAUGUCGAUUGAGAAUUGCAUGUUACGGGGGUAUCCUAUCUAUA